AUCACUUCCACUGCAAAAAUCACAUUUCCCCAGUUCCCAACUUCCCACACCUCCGCACCUAUAUAUGCUCACCAAUAGUUAACAUCGCUCGUAAAACCAAAAACUCUCUCUCUCUCUCUCUCUCUCUCUCUCUCUCUCACGUCUUCUUCGAAUCGAAUCAAGCAAUUCUUUCAGAUUUCAGCAGUUGUUGCAGAGCAGUAGCAGAGGCACAGAACAAGACAUACCAAAUCCAGUGUUAGUUAACAAACGGUUUCUCCUCUUCCCAAUUUUACCCUUACCCACUUCCCUAAUUUACUCUGGGAUGCCAUCAAAACCUAUUCGCCUCCACUACUAGCUAGUUUUCAGAUCUCCAGGGCCUAGCCAUUAGUCUUCAUUUUCUAUCUACCAAAGAGAAGAGAAGAUGAUUACUUUGAAGGAUCUCUACACGGUCUUGACGGCCGUGGUUCCGCUGUACGUGGCUAUGAUUUUAGCUUACGGUUCAGUCCGGUGGUGGAAGAUCUUCACGCCGGACCAGUGCUCCGGCAUCAACCGUUUCGUGGCCAUAUUCGCAGUACCUUUGCUCUCCUUCCACUUCAUCUCUACCAACAAUCCUUACGCCAUGAAUUUCCGCUUCAUCGCCGCCGAUACACUGCAAAAGAUAAUCUUACUGGUGGUCCUGGGCAUAUGGACCAACUUCAGUAGAAACGGUAGCCUUGAAUGGAUGAUCACAAUCUUCUCUCUCUCCACUCUCCCGAACACCUUAGUCAUGGGAAUCCCUCUCCUCAUAGCCAUGUACGGCGAAUACUCCGGUAGUCUAAUGGUUCAGGUGGUCGUGUUACAGUGUAUCAUCUGGUACACUCUCCUCCUCUUCCUCUUCGAAUACCGUGGAGCAAAGAUGCUGAUCAUGGAACAGUUCCCUGAUACAGCCGCAUCAAUCGUGUCGUUCAAGGUGGAUUCCGACGUUGUUUCGUUGGACGGCCGUGAAUUCCUGGAGACGGAGGCGGAGAUCGGCGACGACGGGAAGCUUCACGUCUCAGUGAGGAAGUCAAAUGCGUCGAGGCGAUCCCUGGGAUUGACGCCGAGGCCGUCGAAUCUCACCGGAGCAGAGAUUUACAGCUUGAACUCUUCCAGGAAUCCCACACCCAGGGGUUCCAAUUUCAACAACUCCGAUUUCUAUUCCAUGAUGGGAUGCCAAGGCUUCCCUACAAGGCAUUCCAAUUUCGGUUCAGCGGAUUUGUAUUCUGUACAGUCGUCCAAGGGACCAACACCAAGACCAUCAAAUUUCGAGGAGAAUUGCGCACCUGGGCCACAAGCUUUGGGCUCUCCUCGCUUCGGUUUCUAUCCUGCCGCUCCAGCUCCAACUUCUUAUCCUACGCCCAAUCCAGAAAUCUCUGCUCCGGCCACUGCAACUACUAAUAAGAACCCUAAGCAGCAACAGACGCAGGUGCAGAGUCAAAGUAAAGCAAACCAUCAUGAUGCGAAGGAGCUUCACAUGUUCGUGUGGAGUUCAAGUGCUUCACCAGUUUCUGAGUCAGGUGGGCUCCACGUGUUCGGCGGGACGGACUUCGCUGCAGCGGAGCAAUCCGGACGGUCAGAUCAGGGCGCGAAGGAAAUCCGGAUGUUAGUUGCAGAUAACCCCCAAAACGGGGGAGACAAAGUACCGGAAAGUGAGGAUUUUGGUGGAGAGGACUUCAGCUUUCCAGGGAAAGAUGAAAGAGAGAAAGAAGGGAUAGCUGAUCUGACGACGACGGAGUUGCAACUGAAAGGCACCGAAAUUUCAGGUUCCGGUGCCGGAAAACAGAUGCCUCCGGCGAGUGUCAUGACCCGUCUGAUCUUAAUCAUGGUCUGGCGCAAGCUUAUCCGUAACCCCAACACGUAUUCCAGCCUCAUCGGCCUUGUUUGGUCUCUCAUUGCCUUCAGGUGGCAUGUAUCGAUGCCAAAAAUAAUAGAGAAGUCCAUUUCCAUUCUCUCCGAUGCCGGUCUCGGAAUGGCUAUGUUCAGCUUAGGAUUAUUUAUGGCUCUUCAACCAAAGAUAAUAGCAUGUGGGAACUCCGUUGCUGCUUUCGCUAUGGCCGUUAGGUUCCUCACUGGCCCAGCUGUCAUGGCUGCAGCAUCCAUUGCAGUUGGCUUACGUGGCACUCUCCUCCACGUGGCUAUUGUUCAGGCAGCACUACCCCAAGGGAUAGUCCCCUUCGUGUUUGCCAAAGAGUACAAUGUCCAUCCAGCUAUCCUCAGCACUGCGGUCAUAUUUGGGAUGCUUAUAGCAUUGCCCAUCACCUUAGUUUACUACAUUGCACUUGGACUGUGAAGUAUAAUUUGAGAGAAGAGUUUGGAGAAGAAAAUCACAGAACACAGGAAGAGUACAUCAAGAGAUUAAUGGAGAUUCAAACUGCACUCUCUAGCGGAGUCGCGGAGAUAAGAGUUCCUCUCUUCCUAUUUCAGUCGGGAACCAAAUAAAGCUUUGAUCAAAACCCAUAGAAGAUACUUGGUUUAAGAGAGGAAGAAUGAAACAAAGAAUGCAGAGGAGAAGAACUCUUGGAAGGGAAGACAAAAAGGGAGGAAUUUGGGAAUUAGGUGGUCGACCCAUACUGAUCUGUAAUAAUGUGUAAAUGCUCUGACUUGAAAUUCACCUUCACCGUCGGUGAAAAAGCAUCGGAAAACAUGGAAUUCUCGAACAGAAGAGGUUCAUUAUAACCAUAUACAGAUAUGUAUUCUUUAAAGUGGUAGUCUUUGAUUUUUUUUCCGGCUAAGGACCUUUAGUGGUUCCUGUUUUUCUUCUUCCUCUCUGCAAUUAAUCCAUCUACGCCUCUCUUGGAGGGCUCUUUCUUUA